UUGAGCACCGAACGUCGAAACUCCAUCGGCGAUGGACGCGCAACCCAUGAUCUGAGGACGUGGUAUCAUCUUAUAUAAAAUGCGUUCAUCUCUAUCUCUCAGCAGUGUAUCCUGCCUAAAUUAUUAGCUCAAGUAAUAGCCCGUUACGUCAAUUAUUACCACGAAAAAUGUCGACCUCCGUCCUGUCCACGAGCUCCGCCACGGCUGCUACAAACAAGGACCUGUACUCUCCUUGUUAUUCGCCCCCGGAACGAUACAGUCUCCAGGGCCUUAUACGAGACGUCAAGCAGCAUCUAGGAGAAUCCGGUGGCAUCUCUUCUGAAGAUGUCGAUUCUCAAUACUUGAUAUCCCUGGCACAGAAGUACAUUUCAGAUCCAAGUGAUUGGAUCAGUUACUUCUACAACGACCGCAGCAAGAACUACACACGCAACGCUAUUGAGAAUAUCAACCACAAGGCUAAUAUUCUUCUUCUUGUAUGGAAUCCCGGAAAGGGCUCCCCUAUCCACGACCACGCAGACGCGCACUGCAUCAUGAAGGUCCUGAGUGGAGAAUUGCAUGAAACCGUUUACGAAACUCCCGAUAAUGAACCUGGUCAUACGAAGCCACUGACCGUCAAAUCAUCGACUACCUACGGAGCGAAUGAAGUGACAUAUAUCUCGGAUAAGAUCGGUCUCCAUCGAGUACACAAUCCCAGCAGCUCCCAGGUGGCGGUCUCUUUACACUUGUACACCCCGCCUAACGCUGCUGACUACGGCUACAAUAUCUUUGACGAAGCCACGGGUCGCGCAAGCCACGUCUCUCAAGCUCGCACCUCUUAGAUGACCAUGGGGAGAGGACGAGAUUUCUAUAUACCCAGUCAAAGACUUCAGCGAAACUAAUGCGGUCUGGAGACCAUCUCGGUGAAAUCAUGCAUUUACGACAUUUGAUAUCUUAUCCUGUUAUCGAAUCUGUACUUUUCAGCGAUGUUAUUUCUACAUUUAAGAUUGUAAUUAGAUUUCUAGUAGCUGUGUUUUAUAUAUAAUCUCAACUUUCAAAGCAAUAGUAAUAGUUUAGACGUCUGCAAGGAUUAGAUCUUGAUAUUCAAGCAGCCGUGAAACUGAGACAG